AUGUCAUCAGUUCCACAUAGAAAGACUUGGAACAAAUCGAAGAAGACAGCAAAAGUCACAAGAUCCUAUCCAACCUUCCCUUCCCUGAAUGCCUGGGAAGAAUUCAGGGGCCUCUUUCCUGUGGAUGGGGAACCAAAUCCUGGAGUGGGCCUGGGUGUGGAGGAGGGACUGCUCUGCCAGAUGGUUCAUUCUCCAGAAUUCAACCUGUUUCCUGAAUCAGUGGUGUUUGAAAGCAACUUUGUCCAGGUCAGAAAGGGCAGGAACUGGAGAGACAUCUACAAAGCCUCCAACACCAUGGCCCUGGGGGUGACCUCCUCCGUGCCCUGCCUGCCUCUUCCCAACAUCCUCCUCAUGGCCAGUGUCAAAUGGCACCAUGGGCAGAACCAGACAUGGAACAAACCAUCCACAGCCCCCAAGAUCAACCUGAAGAGGAUUCUCCCAUUGAAGUUUGUGGAGCUCCAGGUCUCUGACCGCCUUCAACGUGUCUUGCGGUUGAGGACAGUCACAGAGAAGAUAUACUAUCUGAAACUCCACCCUGACCAUCCUGAGACUGUCUUCCACUUCUGGAUCCGGCUCAUUCAAAUUCUGCAGAAGGGCCUGUCCAUCACCACCAAAGACCCCAGGAUCCUUGUCACUCACUGCCUGGUACCCAAGAGUAGCUGCAGCCCCUCAGGAGACUCACAGUUAGUACAGAAGAAACCCCAAGCUUCCCAGCCCAGCGAGAGCCUCAUGCAGCUGAUGGCCAAAGGGGAGAGCGAGGCCCUCUGUCAGAUCUUUGCGGACUUGCAUCAGCACAACCUGUUCAGUUCCAGGAGCAGCAAAAAGACAGAGAACAAAAAGGACAGCUCAGGGAAAAAAACCUCUCCGAAUGAAGACUCCAUCCCUUGCACCCGUGACCUCAGUUGGAGGGAUUCGUUCACCUAUGGAGAGUGGGAAAGAGAGAACCCCUCUGGGCCGCAGUCCCUCUCACUCCUCAGCACUCUGGCAGCCUCCACUGGGCCCCAGCUGGCCCCACUCAUAGGUAUGGAGUUGGGCGGGAAUCCUGUCCACGCAACCCGGCGCGCUCGCGGAGACGUGGCGCUUUCCAGCCAAUCCCUACUACGCAAGCCUGGGGCCAGUGGCUGCCUGGGGAAGCUGCGCGUAGGCGGCGGGCUGGCUGAUGAUUGGUCUGGAGGCUGCCGUCUGUUUUGUUCCUGGCUUGCCACGUCCUCUGGCCCUGAGCCCCGCCAGUCACCAGGCCCCUCAUCCUAA